AAAAUUGACUGUCCUGUAAUUGGACUUCACUGAAGAGUUCUCCUUUCUGGAUCCAUGUUUAUUUUCUUACCUCAAAAUUUAAAAAAAAUUCAAAACAAAACAACCUAGAAAGUCAGUCAGUAACAUAAGGCUUCAAAAAGAUAGCGUAAACAUCCUUCAAGAAACACCUGUUGAAGACUGAGGAAAAUUCUUGAACUUUCCUCCCAUCUUCCAGUGUUAUGCAGUAGAGGAUAAUCUUACUCAAGAUUUUGAAAGAUUAAUGAAUGCCAGCUUCAGAGAGCUCUUUUUACCUGUACCGGUUGUAAAGCAGACUUGGGAAAGAGAAGCUGCCCUUAUUGAAUACUACAGUGAUAAUGCAGACGUGUCCAUUCCUACUAUAGAUUUAGGCAUACCUAAUACUGACAGAGGUCACUGUGGGAAAACCUUUGCCAUUUUGGAAAGGUUUUUGAAUCAUACAUCUCCCAGAACCCCUUGGUUAGUCAUAGUGGAUGAUGACACGCUGAUAAGUAUCUUCAGACUCCGAAAACUACUCAGCUGCUAUGACCCAAAUGAACCAGUAUUUCUUGGAGAGCGUUACGGUUACGGCUUGGGAACAGGAGGAUAUAGUUAUAUCACUGGCGGAGGAGGGUAAUUUAUUUAAACUCCUACUGAGAUCUACAUUAGUUCCUCUUUUGAGUGCAAAUGUUUUUAAAUUACAACACAAACCAGUUUCAAUAGAAA